UACUAGUAAUUUAAGAUUGGGAAGAGGUGGUGCGGCAGCGCCACCCCUCGGCGGGUACAACUAUUAGCAAAAGUUAAAAUAGCUGAAAAAAAAUUGUGAAAUGACCUUUUGGGGCACUGUUAAGUUUUCAGACAGAUUUUCAAAAGUGUAGGGAAGCGACAACUUUUUUUUUUUUAAGGCGCUUUGCCGUGAUCGCGCAAUUGAGGUCGAAAAAAGUUGCUUUCCAGCCGGAGAGGUCUGCUUGUCACUACUUGAUGGGGUGGGAGGUGUACAUAGGCUUGGAUUAGGCGAGAUCUCCUGGCGAGGAGAUGGUCCGUCUCCCCCUUGGACCUGACCUCUGGUCACUUGAAUGAUGCCGCCUAACUGACGUUCAGAUGGGGAGAAAUGUCUGGAUUGGAAAGCCAGCCCUAGUGUUGGAGGUAGAGAACCGGCAGCGUCUGCAGGGUCAGGUGGGCAGCUGGCGAGGGGGUCGACCUGGCUGUUGGUCGUCCCUCGGGGAGUCAGGGCCGUGGGGCGAGUGCGGCUUUCCAGCGCUGCGCAACAAGUGGGACGCGGCCACGCAGUCGCGCGGCGGCUUCUGGCAAAGCCGGCCUGUUUCUCUUCGCCCCGGUGGAAGCCAGGAACGUCUCCUCCCAACCUCCCCGCCUCCCAGGCCAAAAGACCUCGGUCCCCCCACUCAGCCUUCCUGCUCUGCGGCUCGGGCGGUCGGCCCGGGGUUCGCAAGGGUCCAGGGCCCCCUUCUCUCGGUGGGGAGCUGGAGUUUAUACCCGGUUUUCUUUUCUGGCCAGCCGGCGUUUUUGCAAAGAGUCAAGGCGCAGACCGUCGAGGGCCUGUCCUGCCUUUGCUUUUUCUUUUCUUUCUUUCUUUUUUUUUUUUUUUUUUUUUUUUGUGGAAGACAAGUGCACCCUUUCCUUGCCUACCCAGCGCAUUCUGCUCUUCGGAAAGCAAGUCAACGCACAACUCGCGGAGGCAGUUCCAGAUACCGCGAUGCGGUGGCUAGAGGCGUAAGCAUCGGGAAGAACGGAAUUCCAGCCACUAAAUUAAGUGUUUUCCCAGUCUGGGUUUUGGAGGCAACCACACCCCCACUUUCAACAGACAAGGAGAAAAAAAAAAAAGUGUGUGUGUUGGUGGCGGGGCACCGUGUCCGCGUGGUGCUUCUCCCACGGACGGCGCCCGCCACCUAGUGGCCGUCUGGCCGAAGGGUCGCAGUCCAGCCCUGGGCACCGACCCUUUCACCUCUGGGCUCUCUGGUAGCCUCGCGAAGUGCUAGAUCAGACCGAGGGAAGGCACCCCGUGCCCCAGAGGGGAUGGCAUUUGAUUCCCCAAAGCUCUGCCCGGCCAGAUGCAAACGACUAACCCAUUGCGACGUUCUUCGGUCAGUGGCAGGCAUCUGCCUCCACUGGAAAAAAAAAAAAAACAAACUUAAAAUAACCCGCUUGGAGCGCACCGGCUGUCCGCUGCUGCCGUCCCUCCCGGGGCAAUGGGGAGUAGAAGGAUGUCCCGUUCGAGAAUUCAGGGUCUUUAGGACUUUAGCUACCUCUCCCCCAUUUUUGUAAACUACUGCCCCCCCACUCCCGUCACAGUUGAACUAAUAGGCCCGGACAAGGGGGCCUGUGGGUGAGUGGUCAAUGAGUGAGUGAACCUAGGCCAACUUUAAACUUCUGAGUUCGAGGCUAGUGACUUAAAAGUCAAAGGCAAGUUUAUUUCAACUCCUUUGACGUGAUCUAUGAGGAAAAAAGAAAAGAGUAGCAGCCAGAGUCGUGAUUUUAACCUUUUAGGUCAUCAUGGUUGUCAGUGCACGUUAGAAGCGGUUGCCUAACCGUCUUGGAAGAAUUUGUUUACAAAGAAUGACCUAAGGUUUUUUUUUUUUUUUUUCCUUGCGUUCUUUCGGGAAUAGACGUGAGAAGCCCGCUGGUACUGAGGGCUGAGAUUCCGGGUGUGUCUGUGUAAAGGGGUCUGAGCUAAGACCCUGUGCGCACACCUGUUGCGCCCAAGCCCACCUUAGGAGUGCUGAAAUGGCUCUCUUUACGUUCCUGUUUGUGCAGGUGCCUAGGAAAAAAAAGGGGGUGUGUGUAAGAGAGAGAGAGAGGAAGAGAGGACCCUCGCAGCAUUUGUGCUCCCAUAGUUUCUCAGCAAACUCUCCUCCUGCGGGGCUGGGGUCUUUAGAUGGCAAACGCGCGUCCGCGAGUUGGCGCCUCUGGCGGCGCUUUGCGCGCCGUCCCGCCCGGAGGCUGAGGUCCACAUACCCGCCUAGCUCGGGCCGGGGUCCGCAGGGACCCAGUUCAGCCUCUCCCAGUCUCCCCGGGAGCUAUUGCAGGCCGCGUCGGAGAAACGCGCCUCUGUUCAAGCUGGAAGCGAAUCUGGGGACGUGUUUGAAGCACGGUCAAGUUUGACUCAUCGCCUUCCAAGGACAGUUAGUGCCUUCCAUCUUCAUUAACGUGAAUAAAGACCUUGGCUGACUUCUGUCCAGAUCGAAUUUUUAAAGGCAUUGUUUGCUGGGAGAGCUCAUGUCUACCUCCUCCCCGCCAGCCUUUUUGCACAGGCCGAAGCCGGAGCGCAGCCAGGAGAAGCCGAGAAGAGCUCUCUGCCCCGGGAACCGUAGUUUGUUAGCGUUUCCAGCCGGCCUGCUGGAGGAAGGCUGUCCCAAGCCGGGGUGUGCGGGGGAGCGGCCCUUUCUGAAGCUCCCCCUCAGAGCUCGGUAAUAAAACACAUCUCUCUAUUUUAUUGCAUUUCCUAGAAGCUUGCAGGCUUGCAAGAGCUGUGCUGGCAGGAAACGUGAUAGAAAUGAAAGUCGGGACAAAAUGUCCCCGAAUACCUCGGUUACCCAAAGCAGUUUGCCGAGGCCUUGGCGUUAUCAAAAAUCGCUUUUAUCUAGUCUCUUCCACCUCCUUUUCCCCUAGGCAAACAGCUCUGAGAGACCGCCCCCCGCCAGCCCGCCCCGGCAGAACUAAAGCUAUGUCGCGGUUUAACGCCACGCGCAGCGGCCGGACCCCAGUGGCUGGACCCAAGCUGCUCUUUCCUUAAGACGCGGCUCGCUGGGCGAGGGAGCGUCGGGGCCAGGAGCCGCGGUGCGAGUUUCACUGCGGAAGCUCCAGCCUUAUUAAAAUUCCUGGUUCCCGUCCCUGAACAGUGCUUUGCACUUUCAAAUCCCCCUUUGCAUUUUCCAGCGAGUUAUUGGAGUUAUUAGAUUACCAAUAAUCCAACGGCCGGCCUGGAAAGGAAGGAGGGGUGGGGGUGACGGGGGAAGGAGACCGAGCCUCUUGCCAAACUAGGUCAACGGGAAGGAGAGGCGGGGCUGGAAGGGGGCUGUGGGUUUCAAGCCUGGAAGGAGGGCUCUCUCUAGUGUCAGGCAGCGGUAAAAGCACCAGCCGCCGUGCGCUGCCUGAACCACGCCAUUGCCGACUUACAAUAAGGGCACUGACAAUUCUGGCUUCCCAGAUUCUCACCCUCUCCCCUCCCGUAUUAAAUUCCACCUUCUCCUUCACUUUUUGGCUACCAGGAAAAAGAGUUCUGAAUGAGAAAGCCAGAGGAGAGGAUUAUUUGAGGGACCAACCUCGACCCCGCCUUCGCGCAGAGAGGGAGAGCGGCGCGAUAUGACGCGAACCGCUUGUUUGAACAGGAGACUGUUACCCUGGGAGGCUGUCUUAGGCGACCCCAGUCCGCCCCCACCCCUCAGGACCCCUGAAAAUGCCUUUCAGAGCCAGCUACCGGGAACAGUUAGGAGAUGGCACCCAGGGAUAUUUCCUGGCGCUUCCAGGAAGGGCACCGAAUAGCGAGGCAACUUAGGCGCGCGCCAAUGAGCGCGCUCCGGUCGGCGCCCUAGCCUCUGGCCGGUCCUAUCUGUGUCUCCAAGGUCUGGGGGGAAACUGGAUUCCGAAAUCUGGAAGUCUGGUCACAAGUUCGGCCUGGCAGUUGGUAUUCUAGACUCUGAGCGGAAACCAAGCGGAGUUGGAUUGUCCUCCUUUGCCAACGUGGCGGAAGGGUUUUUCGGUUUAGUUUUCCUCCAAGCAUAUUGGGGCGCGCUGGAUGGAGACCCUCAGCUCUAAGGGAUUCUAAGUCUUUAACCUCGACGUCUCGCCCUAGCAUUUUAAGAAAUGGGGGAGGGGAGGGCAGCGAAGACGGGAGCAAGCAAAAGAAGAAAAAGAGAUGCACUGCGCAACUGGGCAACUUGAACCUCGGAUUGGACCAGUACUCUGGCGUCUUGACCCAGGCUUUGCUACUCGUCUAAAUUUCCUCUUUUACAAACUGUGAGGGAGGGGUCGGAAGGAGUGAACUCGGAGACUCCUGGAAGCGGCUUGGCAGAGGGAUUUAGGGGAAAGUGUGCCGUGUUCCCCGGCGCCACCCCCACCGCGGCGGGUGAAUCCCCCAGCGGUCCGCGCCGAGCAGGCGGCGAUCCUGGCGGCCGUCGGGGGCCGGCAGCUUCCUGGAAAGUUACUUCUGGUUGGAGCCGACGAUGGGCAGAGCGUGUUCUGUGAAAUCCUCAGAGUUGAGAUCGACUACGUUCCGGGAAUGAGAGGGCUGUGCCAUUCCCUUCACUGCCCCCUGCCUUGACGGCGUAACAGGAAAAAAAAAAAAAAAAUCAGACACACAAUGCUAGCUACAGAAGUGCACCAAAACUUUUAUUUGAAUGUAACUAAAUUAAGGGCCACUUCAGACACAGCAUCGCACCUCCUUCGCGCCUGUGGGGGCUUCCAGGCGGAUGGGAAGCCGUGGCCGGGGGUCCCACGGGGGUGGGCGGUCCCUGGAAGACAGGUAUGGUGUCGGGGAAGUUGCGGGGGGGGGGGGACGAGCCCUCACAGGUUGACCUCGGCGUGCAGAGCUCAGGUGUGAAUGAGAGAAGGGGGCCGCCUGGUGCCAACCCCGGGAGCAGGAAGGACAUGAGGGCGUCUUUGGAAGGCUUCGCGCUGCAUCUGAAGCAUGCCGACUUCUCAUUGCCGCCUGUCCCUCUCCUUUCCCCUUUAUUCUGACUUCUCUUUUUGCUGUUUAUCCGAGCGCGCGCGCGUGUGUGUGUGUGUGUGUGAUCCAAUGGAAAGCUCCUUUGGAGGACCUGCCUUCUCCAGUGUCAGAUUGAAUAUAUAUUAGGGAAGCCCCAAAAGAGGCGAUGAGGGUGAGGUGCAGGAGACAAAAUUUCAACUCCCUCUGGGACGCUGCCACCUCACAGGGCUUGGAGUAGGGGCUAGGGCUUCGCCUGGAGCCUUUGUCAGUUUUUUGGCUGGCAGGCUUGCCUUCCUGGCGCUGUUUUUGUGGGGUGAUUUUUUCUUGGAGGGGUAUGGAAUUGGUGGUAUGGCUGUGACUAAUGAAAUGGGAUUAGUGUGGGACCUUGCUUGGAGAUUGGCUUUGGGAUCUUGCUUGGAGAUUGGCUUGAAGACCUUGGCUCAGGCUGAUCUCUGGGAACCCCAGUUUCCUCAGCAGUAAGGAAGGGUUGUUGUAAGGAUAAGGUUACAAGGACAGGGUAUGAACGGACUGAGCGGUCUGGGUGAAGGGAGAGGACUUGCUCACGUGCAAGAGGCACUCACCUUAACCAGAGUUCAAGAGGGUGAAUUUCAUAUGGACACGGGUCUCCGUGUAUGCAGAUCUGUUUUUGUGCGACCGGGGGUGAGAGGCUGAAGGUUAAAAGCCCCGGUCCAGAGAGUGGACACAAGGGAAUUUUUGUAUUUGUUUCAGUCGGCAUCUGGGAUGAGUCAUUGCCACUUGUCACGGUGAAAUGGCAAAUCUGGGCUUCCUGUGGUUCCAGCAGUCUGUGACUGGAAAUCCACAAGUGAACGGGUGGUUGAAGCUGUUUUGGGGGCAGGCAGGGUGCUCCAGAGUGUUUGCUGAGCUCUUCCGAAGGGGAAGAGGAGAUUGUUUACAAAUAAACCACACAUGUGUCCUCAGCAUUCUUUUUUCCAAAGAGGAUCAUCCUGGAACUUUGCUUAGGAUUAAGUUUGUCUUUCUCUACCCGUCUAUGCAGCUGGAAUGGGGAGAGGAGGAUCUUGGUUCUUUCUGCCUUUUUUUUUUUUUUUUUUUAGCACUCUCUCCCCAAUCUCCCUUUUCUGCAUUUCCCCUCUCAAUCUCCCAUCACUCAAGGAUACAUGUUAACCUUGAAGCUGAGGCAAUGGGGUGAUAGGCGCUUGGAGCCACGGAGAAAUGUCUGCGUUUGGUUAGAUUCAGGGAGACCUCGCUUUUUAGUGUUUGGUAACAGGCAGCACCCUAGAAGGGGGCAAGGUUUUAAGCAAAAUUCUGGACUGUGAAGCAAGGCACUGGGCGAAGACAAAAUGGCCUCACCGGCUGACAGCUGUAUCCAGUUCACUCGCCAUGCCAGUGACGUACUUCUCAACCUGAAUCGCCUGCGGAGCCGUGACAUCUUGACUGAUGUCGUCAUCGUGGUGAGCCGGGAGCAGUUCAGAGCUCACAAGACAGUCCUCAUGGCCUGCAGUGGCCUGUUCUACAGCAUCUUCACCGAUCAGUUGAAAUGUAACCUCAGUGUGAUCAACUUGGAUCCUGAGAUCAACCCUGAGGGCUUCUGCAUCCUCUUGGACUUCAUGUACACAUCUCGGCUCAACCUGCGGGAAGGCAACAUCAUGGCUGUAAUGGCCACGGCUAUGUACCUGCAGAUGGAGCAUGUUGUGGACACUUGCCGGAAAUUUAUCAAGGCCAGUGAAGCAGAAAUGGUACCUGCCCUCAAGCCUCCUCGUGACGAGUUUCUCAACAGCCGUAUGCUCAUGCCACAAGACCUCAUGGCCUACCGGGGCCGGGAGGUGGUGGAGAACAACCUGCCGCUGAGGAACGCCCCUGGCUGUGAGAGCCGAGGCUUUGCUCCCAGUCUCUACGGCAGCCUGUCCACACCCCCAGCCUCCUAUCCCAUGUACAGCCACCUGCCUGUCAGUAGCUUUCUCUUCUCUGAUGAGGAGCUCCGGGAUGCUCGGAUGCCCAUGGCCAACCCCUUUCCUAAGGAGCGGACGCUCCCCUGCGACAGUGCCAGGCCCAUGCCUGCAGAGUACAGCCGGCCGGCCUUGGAGGUGUCUCCUGGCAUGUGCCACAACAGCAUCUACUCACCCAAGGAGGCAGUGCCAGAGGAGGCCCGGAGUGACAUGCACUACAGCGUGGCUGAGGGACCCAAGCCGGCUGCUCCCUCGGCCCGGAAUGUCCCCUACUUCCCCUGUGACAAAGCUGGCAAAGAAGAAGAGAGGCCCUCCUCAGAGGAUGAGAUUGCACUGCACUUCGAGCCCCCUAAUGCUCCUUUGAACCGGAAAGGACUUGUCAGUCCACAGAGCCCCCAGAAAUCUGACUGCCAGCCCAACUCGCCCACAGAGUCCUGCAGCAGCAAGAAUGCCUGCAUCCUGCAGGCCUCGGGCUCCCCUCCAGCCAAGAGCCCCACUGACCCCAAAGCCUGCAACUGGAAGAAAUACAAGUUCAUUGUACUCAAUAACCUCAACCAGAAUGCCAAGCCAGAGGGGCCAGAGCAGGCUGAGCUGGGCCGCAUGUCUCCGAGAGCCUACACGGCCCCAGCUGCCUGCCAGGCUCCCAUGGAACCUGAAAACAUUGACCUUCAGUCACCGACCAAGCUCAGUGCCGCUGGGGAGGACUCCACCAUACCACAAGCCAGCCGGCUCAACACCAUCGUGAACAGGUCUCUGACUGGCUCGCCCCGUAGCAGCAGUGAGAGCCACUCGCCUCUCUACAUGCACCCCCCCAAGUGCACCUCCUGUGGCUCUCAGUCCCCGCAGCACACGGAGAUGUGCCUCCAUUCAGCUGGCCCCACCUUCCCCGAGGAGAUGGGCGAGACCCACUCUGAGUACUCUGACUCCAGCUGUGAGAACGGGACCUUCUUCUGCAAUGAGUGUGACUGCCGCUUCUCUGAGGAGGCUUCCCUCAAGCGGCACACACUGCAAACCCACAGCGACAAACCCUACAAGUGUGACCGCUGCCAGGCUUCCUUUCGUUACAAGGGCAACCUCGCCAGCCACAAGACCGUCCACACAGGUGAGAAACCCUAUCGUUGCAACAUCUGCGGAGCUCAGUUCAACCGGCCGGCCAACCUGAAAACCCAUACUCGAAUUCACUCUGGGGAGAAGCCAUACAAAUGCGAAACUUGCGGAGCCCGAUUUGUGCAGGUGGCCCACCUGCGUGCCCAUGUGCUUAUCCACACUGGUGAGAAGCCCUACCCCUGUGAAAUUUGUGGCACCCGCUUCCGGCACCUUCAGACUCUGAAGAGCCACCUGCGAAUCCAUACAGGAGAGAAACCCUACCAUUGCGAGAAGUGUAACCUGCAUUUCCGUCACAAAAGCCAGCUGCGACUUCAUUUGCGCCAGAAGCACGGCGCCAUCACCAACACCAAGGUACAAUACCGCGUGUCGGCCACCGAGCUGCCUCCGGAGCUGCCCAAAGCCUGCUAAAGCAUGGAGUGCCGCGCUUCCGUCUCCAGCCCCUGCGCAGAACCUGCCCAAAGGAUACUGUAACACUUCCCGCGAUGUCACCCCAUGACGUAGUGCCUCUUUUCAUCCACUAGCGCAAAUCAUAGCUGCGGGUGGGGGUGGGGGGCGGGGCCAGGGGCCGGGAGCCAGGCGGCUCCCCAACCCCACUGCCAUACCACAUUAAGACAAUAAUAUUGCUUCUGCUCCCAUGUGUAAGGCAAGCCACGUCAGCACAGAGCAAACUCAUUUUCUAGAGCAGAGCGGGGGGAGUAUGCGAAGUUCUGACUUGACUUGGUCUAUAAAAUGAGGAAUGUGUAUGUUUUGUGGGAACAGAUGUUUCUUUUGUAUGGAAAUGUGCAUUCUUUUCAAAGACAAGACUUCAGUAUGUUAUCAGAGAGGGCUUUAAUUUUUUUAACCAAAGGUGAAGGAAUAUAUGGCAGAGUUGUAAAUAUAUAAAUAUAUAUAUAAUAAAUAUAUAUAAACCUAAAAAAGAUAUAUUAAAAAUAUAAAACUGCGUUAAAGGCUCGAUUUUGUAUCUGCAGGCAGACACGGAUCUGAGAAUCUUUAUUGAGAAAGAGCACUUAAGAGACUAUUUUAAGUAUUGCAUCUGUAUAAGUAAGAAAAUAUUUUGUCUAAAAUGCCUCAGUGUAUUUGUAUUUUUUUGCAAGUGAAGGUUUACAAUUUACAAAGUGUGUAUUAAAAAAAAACAUAAAAAAAGCUGCAGAAGGAAAACUGUGUAAUUUUGUUCUAGUUUUCGGUUUGUAUAUACCUGUACCACAUGUCCUCCUGGUGCCUUUUUUCACAGAAGUUUUUCAGUGAUGGGCGAGUGUGCACUAUCCCUUUUGGAAGUGUAGGCAGACACAGGGACUUGAAGUUGUCACUAACAAAACUCUCUUUGGGAAUGUUUGUCUCAUCCCAUUCUGCGUCAUGCUUGUGUUAUAACUACUCCGGAGACAGGGUUUGGCUGUGUCUAAACUGCAUUACUGCGUUGUAAAAUAGAGCUGUACAAAUAUAAGAAUAAAAUGCAGAAAAGUCAA